CUGGUCGUGGUCACAUGUAUUUAUUGUAUUUCCAUUUUUGUGCCGGUUACAAAAUAAAAAAUAUGGCGACCUCAAGGCACGACGUCGAUAAAGAAAAUACACAUAAAACAAGAAUACCGCUGCCAAAAGAUCCAUUACCAGCAUUGCCGAGUCAUUUAUUAGAGGAUAGUCAUAGUAAAAAGCAUCUAGAACUUCCAAAAAGAUGUCCUCUAAGGACUUUGCUUGCUCAAAACAUUCCCAAACCUGGCCCUAGUAAAGUGGUGCCAUUAAAACCUCGCAUACCCCUGAAGAUUGAUACUAAACAUGUUACAGUAAGGCAGAAAAGUGACGAUUUAGAUUGGCAUUAUACAGUGUUCAAAGAUAGAAGAGAAGACAAAGAAGCAAGUGUUAUAUCUAUUAGUGAUGAUGAAAGACAUUUGGAUGAUAAGAAUAGCCGAAAACAUUUUGUAGAGAAUAAAAAGAAAAAUACUUUGGGAGUAAACGCUGUGACGCCUAAUCUGCAGGAAUGCUUGGAAUCAAACCGUAUUAAGAAUAUAAAAAGGAGUUUGAAAAGACCUCAUAGUCGAGAGUUACAGGGUCUGUCACCACCGGCCCCUGUCAAACAACAAAAGGAUGAUGAAAAAGUAAAAAAACGUUUACAAUUUAAUGAAACUUUACAAGAAAGACUUGGGACUCCGGAUUUCUGGAAGAGGUCAUACAUGCGAUGUCUUAACAGAGAUUAUUCUGCGGACAUGUUCGAGUAUCUCCUGGAUGUGGAGCGUAAGCCUCUUGAUGUGCCUCGCACUCCUAGUGUCUCCAGGGCAUGUGUUAUCAACUGGUUAAUAAAAAUUAAUGGAACGUUUGGCAACCCAGCCGUUGUCCAAACCGCGUGUUGGUACUUGGACUCGAUCUUAGGAACUGGUCACGUCCAGGUGGAAAGGCUACAAUUGGUCGCAGCAGCCUGUUACUGGAUAGCGCAGAAAUUGAAUGGUCCAGUGAUGCCAGCGAUGAGACUCGUGAGGUACUCGUGUUCAGCCUUCACUUGUGAGAAGCUGUUAGCCACUGAGAAAGCUGUGCUGAUAAGAUUGAAAUUUCCCCGGCAGCCGGUGGUGGCCCAGGAAUUCAUAAAUUACUUAGCAUGGUGGUGUGCGGGUGACUGCAGUGGUGAGAUAGAAGUGGCAGCCACCUUCCUCGCCAUGUGUGGAAUGAUGGUGGACCGUUUUCUUUGUGAUGAGUACCCGUCAGUGAUUGCUGUGGCAGCUGUCAGAAAUGCUGUGCUUCUGCUAAGGAAAAGGGAGCUGUUGGCACGACUACACGAGAGUAACAUAUUCAAAAUUGCAGAGAAAAAAGCAACAAGUUUAUCGUACACUUGUGCUGUUUUACGUCGGGCUGUACGUACUGUGGGUGCUCCAAUGUACGAAUACAAAACACCUCUGGAACAUUAUGGCAUGGCUCCGAACCACAUAGCACAGAAGAUCAUCAGAGCAUCCAACGACUUAGCUCUUAUGGAAGUAAGAGUUUCUGAGUCAAGGUUAAAACCAAACUGAUGAAUAUAUAAAAUUCUACCUCUAUACAUGUGAACUAGAAUUAAUAGACCUAGAUGAUUACAGUGACUAUACUAAAGUUACGACAUUGAAUAAUGUUUUAAGUGAACAUAGAUUUUUAAAUGACAUUAGGAAUUGUUUCAAUCGAGUCAUUGCACUUUAGCAGACAAAAAUGGUAUGAUUAACGAAACAGAUCACGACUUUGAGAGUAGACUUUUUUAACGGACUGAUUUAAAUGAUCAUUAAUUUAGAAGUGGAGGUAAGUAAAUAAUAUAUUACAGAUGACUUUGACUAUAUUUUCGAACUGACUCGACUAGAGAGUAGGAAAACUUGAGACUGACUUCAAUGAUAUCGAUUGAGUUAUGUUAUGUAACAAAAUGACAUUAGAAGCUUUUUAGAGGUUAAUUUUUCUGUAAUUCGUUUUUAAAACAUGUAAAUAAUAAUUAGAUUUAAGAGCCAUUGAUCACAACACAAUAAUUCAAUUUUAUCAAUAACGAAUUUUGUGUUGUUUGUCCAUACAUUUUUGGUUGUUUUUUUUUUGUAUUUACGUCAGUUUUGUCCUUAUUUAUGGGUAUUUUAAAAAUUCCAGUUAUUAAUUUGGUCUGAAUGUUAAGCCAGAUAUUUGAUUAUCAUCCGUAUUUCCUUUGUCUACUAUUUACCAAUUUGCUUGUUUAGGACUUUUUUGUAUUCAUAAAUUCAGUUUCCAGUGAUUUUAUUCAAGUUAAAUACUCAAUUUCAUUAUCAUUUCUUAUUUGCCCUCAUCGUGCAGGUUCACGUUGAUUUUCUGACUAUAAAUUCUGACGAAAAUAGAUUAAUUACAGUAGGAUGACUGUCGUCAAAUAUAUAAAUACAUUUGUAAACAGUUUGGACAUUGUGAGUAAUACUAGUGAUUUGUUAAUUGUCAUCUCAAUACAUGUAAA